CUCAUCAGAUCACUCUCACACAACAGCUUCACUUCGCCUUUCGACAGCUAGUCUCUCGCACCCUUUUUCGACUCUUACAUCUUUCGCAGCCUCGGCUUCAUUCGCUCUUCAGCAUCUUCUCAACCUUUUCUAACCAACCAACUACCCUCAACAACCAUCAAAAUGCACGCCAAGGCCGUUGCUCUUUCUCUCGCCGCCGCGGCGGUUGUCCACGCUGAUCUUCGUAUCAACCAGAACGACAUCCCACAGGACUGCUCUGCCAUCUGCCGCCCCGUCCGUGACCUUGGCAACAUCUGCACUGUCAACUUCGUCCCCGGUCAGGGCAACAACAACAGCGAUCAGCUCCAGGAUGAGCUCGACUCCCAGUGUGUCUGCACCAACAACUCUUUCGACUUGAAGAACUUGGCUGGCCAGUGCAAUGCCUGCAUGAUCGAGAAGGUUCCCUCCGACCAGCAGCGCAGCCUUGAGGGUAUCCAGAGCAUCAUGAACGUCUGCCAGCUGCCCAGCGCCAGCGGCUACGCUUCCUCAUCCACCUCUCUCGCCAACACCGUCAUUGUCCUCGCCACCCGUUUGACUGCCAGCAGCCAGCUUACCACCACUUUCGGCGGCGGUGCCCAGACCACCGAGUCCUCCUCCAGCCGCACUCGUUCCAGCGAGCGCUCCACCAUCACCACCACCUUCCUCACCUCCGGCAACGGUGGCCUUCCCUCCAUCGCUACCUCCACCAUCGUUGGCGGUGGCCGCCAGACUGGCAAUGCUGCCCCCGGCCUCCACACCCCCGGCAGCAACGGCAUGCUCGGCGCUGUCGGUGCCAUCGUCGCCGGUGCCUUUGCUCUUGGUGCUUUCAUGCUCUAAAUGGCUGGAUUCCACCGACCGGGUAUGAUCGAAACAAGUGUACGGAUACGUCACGACAGGAGUUUGGAAAGAGGAGGAUAAUAUGCAUGGUAGUUCGUUAUGUCUUGAUGAAGUAACGGUUGUGUGCGAGACGGGGGAGUAUCAUGGUUUUUGCGUCACUCCUUUGGUCUUUUCUUGGGUUUGGCUGUAUCGCGAAUGAGAUAUCUAUGUACUGCUUACAGGUUUUUGCAAUUGACGAUAGAUGCUGC